AUGGCUAAGAUCAAGACUAUUGAAUACUUUCGGGUGCUACCCCGGUGGCUGUUCGUCAAGAUCGUCGACGACGACGGCAACUAUGGCUGGGGAGAAAGUACACUAGAAGGGCACACCGAGGCCGUCGAGGGCACUCUCAAUGCCCUCAUUAAGCGAUUCCAAGGAUAUGAGGCAGAUGAUAUUGAACACAUAUGGCAGAUGUCCUGGCGCUUGGGCUUCUACCGUGGAGGUCCCGUUUUUAUGUCCGCCAUAUCCGGCAUUGAUAUCGCCCUCUGGGAUCUAAAGGGCCGCAAGCUCGGCGUCCCUAUCCACCAGCUGAUCGGCGGCAAGGUUCGGAAUAAGCUUUCCGUCUAUGCUUGGAUUGGCGGCGACCGUCCUUCUGAUGUAGAAGCCGCGGGGAAAGCCCGUCUCGCACAGGGAUUCAAAGCUAUCAAAAUGAACGCAACGGAAGAUGUCAACUGGCUAGAUUCCCCCAGUGCGCUCGACUCCAGCGUCGAACGACUAAAAGCCGUAAAGGCACUAGGCCUAGAUGCUGCCCUGGACUUCCACGGCCGCCUGCACAAGCCUAUGGCGAAACAACUCGCCAAAGCACUAGAACCAUACCGUCCACUCUUCUUGGAAGAGCCUCUCCUCUCCGAACACCCCGAGGGCAUAAAACAGCUAUCAGACCAAGUCUCCUGCCCCAUCGCCCUAGGCGAACGCCUUUAUAGCCGAUGGGACGUCAAGCGAUUCCUCGAAGACGCGAGCGUCGACGUCCUUCAACCUGAUAUCAGCCACUGUGGAGGCAUCUCCGAGUUGCGGCGCAUUGCUUCUAUGGCGGAGACGUACGACGUUGCGAUAGCGCCGCAUUGUCCGCUAGGUCCUAUUGCACUAGCGGCUUGUAUGCAGGUUGAUCUGGCGACGCCGAACUUCGUGAUCCAGGAGAUGAGCUUGGGGAUGCAUUACAAUACUGAAGCGGGCGAGUAUGAUAUCACGAGCUAUGUUAAGGAUGCGAGUGUCUUUGCUGUGAAAGACGGACACGUUGAUGCGCUCACGGCGCCUGGGUUGGGCAUUGAGGUUGAUGAGGACGUUGUUCGGCGUGUUGCUGAGACCACUGAGCCAUGGCUGCCUAAGGAGUUUUUUGGUCCGGAUGGAGGCCUCCGGGAGUGGUGA